AUGACAGUUAGAGAUAGAGUUGGGCUAGUAAAAUCGAAACAGCUAUGUUUCAACUGUUUAGGAAAUCAUAAGGUGAUUAAUUGCAGCAAUAAAUUCUCUUGCGGUAUUUGCAAAAAGAAUCAUCACGUGACUCUUCAUUUCCCUCGCGAACAAAAAAUAAACAUAGUUGCGCAGGUGGUGAGUCAUGAAAAUAAAAAUAUUCCUUCGAAUUUGGACGCUUCGGCUCCAUCAUUUGAACCUCUGCAAGCUAACACGAGUAUUGAUAAAAAUUUAUUAUCAGCAACGUGCAAUCUCGCGAAUGAAUUAAAAGCUGUCUUACUCAGCACUUUUGUUUGUUUAAUUAAAGAUGCAUCGGGUAACUUUUUUAAGGUUAGAGGUUUGUUAGAUGUCGACGCCAAUUCAAAUUUUAUGAGCAAAAGGUUAGCAGUGACCGCAAAGUGUGCUUCAAUUGAAGGGAGAAAAGAAAAGACUAACAUUUCUGUUUCAGGAAUAAAUAAUUUGUCUUUGAAUAUAAAAUCUAAAGUUAGUGCAACUAUUUUAAAAAGAGACAAGAGUUUCGAUUUAAGUUUAAACUUUUUGGUGGUUCCUAAAAUAACAGAAUAUACACCCUCUAGGCCUCUUGAAAUUAAUGUUUCAUCUUUAGAUAAUAUCAAUUUAGCAGAUGACAAUUUUUUUGAGCCAGGCCCAAUUGAAUUUCUGAUAGGUGCAGAACAUUUCUAUGAGCUUUUAAAACCAAGACAAAUUUCCCUUCAGGAUUCAAAUUUAAGGUUACAAAAUAGUGUUUUCGGCUAUGUUGUAAGUGGGACUCUUCCUGCUAAAGGGGAAAGUAUAUUACAUUGUGGGGUUAUUACAGAUAAUUUGGAGUUAGAAAGAGCAGUAAGAGAGUUUUGGGAAAUCGAAAACAUAGAAAGAGAGUCUGAGAUUUCUAAAAGUAAAGAAGUAGAAAUUUGUGAACAGCUUUUUCUCAGAAACUAUUACAGGACUGAAACCGGAAAAUAUUACUCUGAUUUUCUACAUGAAUACAGUGAACUAGGUCACAUAACUGAAGUGAAAGAUGAAGAUGAGCAAAAGGGGAAAUAUUAUAUUCCACACCUUGGUAUUUAUCGCCCUGAGAAAAGUUCGACACCUUUGAGUGUAGUGUUCAAUGCUUCGACUGCAAUGUCAAAAGCGGAUCUCAGAAGGAUGUACCGAAUGAUAUCGAUUCAUCCUACUCAACGGCAGCUACAGAAAAUUUUGUGGAAAGAGUCAAUUAAUGGUCCAGUUAAAACUUUUGAGUUAAACACGGUCACCUAUGUCACAGUAAGUGCACUUUUGUUAGCCAUGAGAACAUUACGUCAGCUUGCUAUAGAUGAGUUCACAAAUUUUCCAUUAGCAGCUGCAGUUCUACAGAGUGACUCUUCGAUAGUCAUGGCUUUCCUGAAAAAGGAGCCCUGUUGUAUGAAAAUGUUUGUUGCUAAUCGUGUUGCGGUGGUUCAAGAAAUAACAGAGGUGCGACAGUGGCAUCACCUCCCAUCUAAACAGAACCCUUCGGAUCUCAUAUCAAGAGGUGCUGAUCCGGUCAAACUUCAGCUGUGUGAACUGUGGUGGUGUGUGGUCCCCUAUUUCUUCUUCAACCUGUGA